AUUGUUUGUAUCUGACCCAGAUUGCACAUGGAGUUGGAAAAGUGCCGCGAACGCGAUAAAUCAACUCUAGUGCUUAUCGCACUCAGCUUUAUCUGUGACUUUUGAAACGAAGAAUUCUAAAGUGGCUUCCAGGGGGAUGCACGGGUCAUCGAAGAGCUGGUUCGCCUGUAUUCAAGAGAAAAUGGGUACGAAUGCGUCUCAGCUUGAACGGGAAAUCGGCACGGACCAGUUUCCUCCGAACGAGCACUACUUUGGCUUCGUGAAUUUCGGGAACACGUGCUACAGCAACUCGGUGCUUCAAGCACUGUAUUUCUGCAAACCCUUCCGCGAGAAAGUGCUCGAAUAUAAGGCGAAGAGUAAAGGUCGAGCCAAAGAGACGCUUCUUUCCUGUCUUGCCGACUUAUUCCAUUCCAUUGCCACUCAAAAGAAAAAGGUUGGAACAAUUGCACCAAAGAAAUUCAUCGCCCGUCUGAGGAAAGAAAAAGAGGAAUUCGACAAUUUUCUUCAACAGGACGCCCACGAGUUCUUGAUAUUUCUUAUCAACCAAGUCAGCGAGGCGAUCAUGGCUGAAAGAAGCGGACAAGAAGGAGGUUCAUCGUCGCUACGAAAGGGCGGCGAAAUGGCGAGAUUGUUGCACUCGUUCACUCCGAAUGGAUCCAUUCCAAACGAUGGGCCUCCGAACGGGGAACUGGGUCGACAAGAUAACCGGUCGACGUGGGUGCACGAAAUUUUUCAGGGCGUGUUGACGUCUGAAACCAAAUGCCUCAACUGCGAGACUGUGAGCAGUAAAGACGAGGACUUCUUCGACUUGCAGGUCGACGUGGAUCAAAACACGUCGAUCACGCAUUGCCUGAGGAAGUAUUCCCACACUGAGAUGCUGUGUUCUGAGGACAAGUUCAAAUGUGAUAAUUGCGCUUCUUAUCAAGAAGCUCAGAAGAGGAUGCUUGUGAAAAAACUCCCUAUGAUCCUGGCGUUGCAGCUGAAGCGGUUUAAGUACACUGAGCAACUUAAUCGUUACGUGAAAGUGUCGCAUCGAGUCGUAUUUCCGCUCGAACUCCGACUUUUCAACACGAGCGAGGAUGCCUUGAAUCCGUCGAGAAUGUACGAUCUGGUAGCGGUUGUGGUGCAUUGUGGCAGUGGCCCGAACCGUGGCCAUUACAUUUCCAUUGUGAAAUCCCAUGGAUUGUGGCUGUUGUUCGACGACGACCUGGUGGAGAAGAUAGAGGCGUCUGCGAUUGAGGAGUUCUACGGGCUAACGUCGGAUAUUCAGAAGUCGUCUGAGACGGGAUACAUUCUAUUUUACCAGUCGCGUGAUUGUGAGAAAGCCUGAGGAAAGAUUGUUGAAGAAUUUUGUUUUCCGGACUUCGUUAAAUUUUUUUUAGUGCCCAGCUUCCCGAUUACGUGUUCAUGCAACGAAAAUCUCUUUUUUUUUUCUACAGAUUUUUCCCGAUCGUUUUGCCGCUUGGGAAACAAUACCGCGAUGCAAUUUCUGCGACAGAAAACUGUCUAGUUCUCGUUCAGUGGAAUAAUUUUUGAUCCCCGGAAUCGACUUCCUGUGUAUUCCGGAGGUUAAACAUUGUUCAACUCCUGCCCGCGUGGUUUUGCGGAAAAACUAUGUUAAAGUCCACAUUCGGCGAAGCGAUUUGUUAAUCUUAAAUCACUUAGUUGAAGGGUCUAUUCUUACGACUGAUGUUUCGUAUUUCUGGGUAUCCUUAUUUAUUUUCGAGCUUUUUUGUUUCAUUCCAUUCUUGAGGACAAGUGUUGAGUUGAUUCAGUGCGCGUUUCUCGGGUGGAAUUUCAAUCUAUUGAAAACUGGUCAAUUUUCUUCGGCUUCUCAUAUGAACGUACGGUUUGAUCCUUUCUUUCAGCAAUCUCACUGCUUGGCUUUUGUAAUUUUCUGUGCCGGGAGACAGAAAAUUUGAAGAGAUUUGUUCGUUAUAGUUUCCAGUUUUUCGAUACAGAGAUUCCCGAACGACUGAGUUUUGUUAUUACUGUAUAACUGUUGAGCAUGUCUCACUUGCUCAGAGUUUAAAUAAUCUAUAGCGCAUCGACCUGAUCUAGGUUAUGUUUUGCUCAGCACUGGUCAUCCAGUGGCUUUGGAUCUUUGAAGAAAUCCAUAGAGUAUUCUUGGUAAGAGGAUUUUGUUGAUUCGCGUAUGUGCCGCACGUUCCAGGGUCAAUGGACCAACCAAUUUGGGGAAUGUCAAUUUACGAAAGCGAUGUUUUUUUUGAAUGAACGCCGGGAUUUUGGAAGCAGCGCGACUGCAUCAAAAUUUUGUGGGUGCUGAACGAUUUUGUUUUAUUGCAGGAAUUCAUAUUUUGAACAAAGACAGAGUAUAGAAAUGUCGAAAA